AUGGUGACUCUGCGCUCUCAGAGAGAAACCGGGAAAUCGGUGCCGCCGGAGGCGCCGGGCCAAGCCGAUCUGGAGUUCUGCAAGUACAUGUCAUACGGACACUCCUGGGAGAAACUGGUGCUGCCUGACAAGUUCGGGAGCACGGUCAUGGGCCGUGGGCUCCCGGAGGUGAAGCUGCGGGUGGCAGGCGGAGAGCGGCGCGCGUGGGACGUGGAGGUCGUGGCCGACGAGUACGGCGACGUGUACCUCGCUGGCGGCUGGCGGGAGUUCGCUCGCACCAACGGCCUGGAGCUGGGCCAGCUCCUCUUCUUCCGCUACGACGGCGUUGCCCUGAUCACCAUCAGGGUCUUGGAGGGGAAACCCUCACCCGACCAGGACGAGGAGGAGGAGGACGGCGCCGAAGGGAACUCUUCGCCGCCGGCGCUGGCCCCGGCACCAGUGCCGGCCCCGAUGGGCAGUGAAAGCAGUAACGGUGGCGGCGACACGGCGGACGUGGGCACCGUUGACCCGGCGUCAUCGCAGUUCAUCGUGAUGCUGAAGGAGUGCCACUUCGGCCUGAAGCAGCAUCAGUACCUGCACGUGCCUGCAGAUUUCCAUAAGGCCCAUGGAUACACGGAGAGGAGGAGGGUGGUGCUGCAGAUGCGCGGCAAGUCGUGGACCGUGAACCUCAAGCAUACCAAGCUCGUCAGAAGCGGGAGGAGACGCUCGGCGCUCAGGUACGGGUGGCACCAGUUCUGCGUCGACAACGGUCUUGGCCUCGGCGACACCUGCUUCUUCCAUGCGCUCCCGGAGGGCAGCGGCGAGGACCACGUGCUCAGGGUUGAGGUGCGCAAGCAAGACGGCACCAUUGUCAAGUGA